AUGACACCUCCAGCGAUGGCCACUUAUCAAAGUGUUACAAACUUUUCAGAUGUCAAGCUUCCGAGGAUGAACAUUCCCACAUUCAGUGGUGAUAUUCUAAGCUGGCCGUCAUAUUUCGAUUUAUUUGAUAGCGCCGUUAAUAAAAACCCAAACUUUCAGGACAGUCAAAAAUUAUACUUCUUGAAAACUAAUCUGGCUGGCAAAGCUGGUUCCUUAAUUUCUCAUCUAGAGGAUGCCAAUUAUGCUCCCGCGCUCGCCAAACUACAGCAAAGAGAGGUGUCUGCAACAAUCGAUUCCUCGGAUUCGUCUGCCGUUUCUCAAGCAUUGAUUACACCUGCAAGCUUAGCAGCAGACGUUGCGGACACGAAUGUUCUUCUUCUGACAGCUACUAUCAAUGUGUGCGAUAAAUAUGGAAGACCCCACACUUGUCGCGCUGUUCUCGAUUGUGCUUCGCACACUAGUUAUAUAACAAGGGAAUUGUGUGAGAAAUUAGACCUGCCCACAGCAAAGGUUGAUUUUGAGUUUGGCGGCAUUUCUGGGCUCGCCGGUCAUUCUAACUUAGGUGCGCAGGUCAGCUUUAGUUCUCGUUGUACAGGGUACCGCAAUAUCGUUCCAUGUGUGGUUUUAGACCGUCUUACGUCCGAGCUUCCACUGAGACCAGUUGACAUCACCACUUGGCCAAUACCAGAAUCUAUUAAGCUUGCAGAUCCACAAUUUCACCAUCCUGGAAAAAUUAGCAUUCUGCUGGGAAAUAAAUUGUAUUUCAGUUUGAUCGAGCCUGGCACCAUUAAGCUUAGUGCCAACGACAGUCUUCCAGUUCUGCAAAAUACUAAACUCGCUUGGGUGGUAUCUGGCGGUUACAAGGAAGCCGAGUCGUCGCUCAAUCCUUCGGUAUCACCGUGCCUUUUAAUUGCCACCAAUGACGUAUUGUCUCAACAAAUUUCUCGAUUUUGGGAGCUUGAGGAAUAUAUCAACCCCAAACCACAUAUGAGUGAUCAGGCACUGUUGUGCGAGGAUCAUUUUUUGAAAUACACAACUCGUGACAGCCUUGGACGGUUCAUCGUUCGCCUACCGUUUCUGAAAAAUCCUGCCACCUUGGGCAACUCGCGAGAAAUUGCAAUUAGACGGCUUCUGCAUCUCGAACGAAAGCUAGAUAAAAAUAUACCACUAAAACAGCAGUAUCAUGAAUUUAUGCGGGAAUACAUUCAGUUGGGACACAUGUCGGUAGCUACAAAUGCAUCCUCUAAGCUAGAAAUUUUUCUUCCUCAUCACUGCGUCGGAAAGAAAGCCAGCACGACUACCAAAUGCAGAGUGGUCUUCGAUGCGUCUGCAAAAACCUCCAGUGGCGAGUCUCUCAACGACGUUCUCAUGGCUGGACCAGUGCUUCAGGAUUCCCUAAUCGACAUUCUUUUACGGUUUCGAUUCCCCACGGUGGUACUUACAGCAUAUAUAGAAAAAAUGUACCGUAUGGUGCAGUUACAUGAGGAUGAUCAAGACAUUCAGAGAAUUUUAUGGCGAUGGUCAAAAGAAGAGCCAAUAAGUGAAUACCGACUCAACACAGUAACCUACGGAACAAAGAGUGCCUCAUACUUAGCCACCAAAUGUGUACAACAACUACUCGAAUCGCACCGUGUAAAAUAUCCGCAGACUGUAGAAAAGGCAGUCAGGGGAAUAUAUGUCGACGACGUUAUUACCGGAGCAGAUACUCUCGAUGAAGCUAUUAUUCUGCGUUCACAACUGUCUUCACUUUUUGGCAGUGGAGGCUUUCACUUAAGAAAAUGGGCUUCAAACUGUGCAUCUGCCCUCACAGGUGUGCCGAAAGCAGAUAUCGAAUUGAAGGUGCCAAUCGAGCUCGACGGAUCCGACACAAUUAAAACCCUUGGAAUGCACUGGCAGCCGUGCAGCGAUGAGCUCCGUUUUAGCUAUCACCCAAUACAGAUCCUUCAGCCCACGAAACGUUCAAUACUGUCGCAAAUUGCAAGUCUCUUCGACCCACUAGGACUUCUGACACCGAUUAUCAUGAAGGCGAAGUUUAUUAUGCAGCGACUAUGGGAACUGAAGGUGGCCUGGGAUACCUCUCCACCCAGUGAGCUGGUAAAUGCCUGGUAUGAUUUGCUCCAAAGUCUGUCGUCCAUUAAUACAUUUCAGAUUCCUCGGAGAGUGGUUGACACUCGGAGUACAUCUCAUCUGGUUCUGUACGGCUACAGUGACGGUUCCGAACGAGCUAUGGGAGCUUGUGUUUAUGUUCGAACGAUUAACGGAUUUGAUACUAUCGCCUCGCAUCUGCUCUGCGUCAAGUCAAAGUUGGCUUCAAUAGGAAACAAGAGAACAAUACUUCCUCGGCUAGAGCUAGUAGCCAUGCGUAUUCUAGCUCGUUUAAUAAAAAAUGUAACAGCAGCCGUCGAUCAACCAUACGUGCUUGGACUGACUCUCAAGUUGCAUUAG